AUGUGUGUAUCGACCGUGCUUGAAUCACACACAGAUGGUGAACCGCUGAGACGGUGCUCGGGCUUCUGGGUCGAUUGGGACGAGGAGAAGAAAACCGGCCUUGUUUUGACAACUGCGUGGCUGAUUCGCACAAAGGAUUCUCCUGACAGCGGCUGGUCAGGCGGUGAAGAGUAUGCUCCACAUGCUGAUGUCACUGUUCAUUUGCUAAAUGGCACCUGUGCAAAGGGUGAUCUGGUCUACUACCAGCCCCAUUACGAUAUCGCUUUCUUGAAUGUUGAGGUGGAUCAACCUAUCAAGUUACCAUCUUUUCGUGAAGAAGAUGUAAAAUUUGCCGAAGGCAUUUUUCGGCUCGGAAGAGACAAUUCCUUGAAUCUAAGGAUAACAUAUGCUAGGGCAGAAUAUCAGAAUCCAAACAUGUAUCAGCGGUAUCACAAUGUACACUUCCGUUCUCCAGAUGGCCAUGGUGAUGAUAAUGGGUAUGACAAUGGGGGCCUAGUCAUUGACUUGAAGGAAAAAGUUGUCGGAAUGGUCAACCUCCCUAAGAGAUUUGGGUCUUUUAUACCUUCUUCCAUUUUGCUCAAUUGUUUGGAUUCAUGGAAGAAAUAUCGGUUCAUCGCUCGGCCCCAUCUUGGGAUGAUGUUUGAGGCCAUCAAGCAUCUAGAGCCUGCUCAUGUUGACAUGUUAUGGCGUAUGUAUAACAUUGAUCAUGGUCUUAUUGUUCAAGAGGUGUCGAAAGGAUCUAAUGCUGAGAUACUCGGAAUCCAAAAAGGUGAUGUUAUUGAAUCUAUCAAUGGAAAACCUGUUUCUACCACAAUUGAGUUGGAGAAUAUGCUGAUGAGCACAUGCAAGGGCCUUGCUGAAGUUCAUAUUUCUGUUGGGGUGUUUCACACACUCAAAGAAGAACGAAGCACCGUACAGUUGAGUGCAAAAUUAUCAAAACUUGGAGAAGUUAUUACAAGCUAGGUACACAUCUCCUCUUUUAACUAGCCCCGUCUACAAAUUAGUAUCCAGAUUAUUAGUUCAAUUCUCAAGUAUGUAUAUUCCAUUUUUUGUAGAUAAUAAUUAUCCAGACAUAAUGCUAGUGUUAAGUAUGUAAGAUCAUAUAGUUGUAUGCAUUGUGCAAUACACUCUUACAAUAAUUAUAUGAUUAUAUCUUUAAAAUAAUCAUACCACACCAUAAAGUAUGCUGAUAUUUUGGGAGUUUAUCGUUUUGGU